AAAAAUUAAAAAUUGUAUUAUUCAUUCUUCAAAAUCAAUUUCAUCCAUUUUAACGUAAUGUCGCUCCGCUACAAUGUACUUAUGCCAACCUUUUUGCCAUUGUAAUUUUCUCAGACCGCCGCAAUUCACUUUGAAUAUCUUCAAUAGAUUUAAAGCGGAGUCCCCAGAGCGGUCUUCGAGUUAGCCAAAAGUGAUUAAGGCACUUGGGGAACCACACGAGUGUAAUUUUGGGUGAAAAACUCACAUAGAUUCAAUGAAAGAAAUUGAAUAUGUUUGGCUCCAAACGCGGUUUUGACUCUUUUGAGCUCCAAAUGAUUCUGCGAAAUUUUUUGAAUUGAUUGCACUGAAAUUCCAAAUAAAGGGUGGUUAAGUUUCAAGGGCCGGUGUUGAUUUUGAAUAACAUACAAUUUUUUUUAGGAAAUUAUUGCCAUUUCUCCUUAUUAUGAUAAUAUUGGUAUGGCUCAAUUACGUAUGAAACAAAAUAUUGGCCAAAUGGCUGCCGCGGCCUCCGCGGCACACCUCCAUCCGAUGGUCCAAAUUUUCGAUGACGCUGAGGCAUAAUUGAGGUUCUAUGCCGUUAAUGUGCCGAAUUAUCUCAUCCUUUAGCUCUUGAAUUGUUGCUGGCUUAUCGACGUACAACUUUUCUUUCAAAUAAUCCCAAAAAAAGAUGUCCAACGGUGUCGUUGACGUUUAGGUGUGGUACACAUUCAACAUCGGCCCUUGAAAUUUAUAUUGGCAAAGUUUGUAACUUUCAAUCGACGACUUUGUUGACGUAGCUGGUCGCUCAUCUUCGUUCUCAGCCUUCCUUGAAGUCUGUAUGCCACUUAUAAAGAUUUUUCUGCGACAUAGUCGAUUCACCGCAGACUUGCUGCAACAUUUUGAGGGUUUUCGAAACCGAAACUUUAUUCUGUAAACCAAAUUCAAUGACACUUCAGCGCUCAAGAAGAUCGGAGAUUGUAAAAAUCACAAAAAAACAUUUUUAGCCGCUUAGAGAACACAAGCGUAACUUUACAAUUAAUGAUAAUAUUAGCGUGAAAUUUGGCACAGAUGCCACUAAAAGUAUGUACUACCUGCAUACAAAUACAAAAACUUGCCCGCCAAGUUGAAAUUAAAAAUCGAUCUUACUUUUUGAACGCAGCGGUUCGUAGUUAAGCCAUGCAUUAACAUUGGUGGGGAUUUACCUUUUUUUGGUGCAGCGGAAAAUCCCAGCUCUAAUAUAACUGUUCUAGUAAAUUCUUAACUUGUGAGGUCGUCGAACUGGUCGACUGGAGGAAACAUGAAAGUUGAUGCCUCAAGGUUUUUUCUUCUGAAUUGACAUCUACCCAGAAAUCGCAUUCUAAAAUACGCGAACUACUGUUAAGCAGGUUUCAAAAGCAACCGUCAGUGAAGGGAUUUCAGUUAUACGAAUGGCUUGCACGUAAAACGGAAUUCGUUGUGAUGUACAGCCAAGGUUAACAUCCUUUAAAUUGCAAUGUUUGUAUGUAUGUAGAAUGAACGAAUUACUUACUUGAAGUAUUCAGAUAAAUGCAUGCAAACAUCUGUAUGUAUGCAUGUAAAUGCAAAACGGCUGUGCAGUUGAUGAAGCAAUGUUUCGAUAGCAAAAUGGGAGGAAACCAGAGCAAACAUCGAAGCAAAAAAGAAAAAAAAUAAAAAAAAAAGCGGUGCAACAGUAGAAAAAAAAAUAUAAUAAAAUGAGAAAAGAUUUAAAAACAGGACAGCUUGAUAAAAAUAAGUCGAAAAAUAUAAAAAGUCAGCGGCAAGCAAAUGAAUUGAAAUAAUUUUACAAAGUCCACAGCAAAAUUAUUUUUUUAUUUUUAUUUAUUUUAUUUUACAUAUGUGUAUGUAUGUAUGUAGCUACAUAUUUUUUGCGCUGAUUUUACUUGUUUUUCUGUGCAGCGAAAUUUCUUGUUUUACGUACACACACACACACAUGCACAAGCAAACAUGCAUUGCAUUUAAAGAGUUGUGUAGGAUCAGUGUGGACUUUGUAGCAAAACAGAAAAUGUGUAUUCUUGAAAUGUGUUUUUGUUGCUAUUGUUGUUGGUUUUUGUGGACAUUGGACGCCGAAAAUCGAAAAGUAGCAGCCCAAAAACUGAUAUCGCUUGCAAUUGGCGCUGCAGAAUUGACACUUUUAUUCGCCUUCAACUUUCCUGCAGUGUUGCUGUGAUUGCUGCGGCUGUUGCGGUUGCAUUGGUCUGCCCGCAAAGGCAAAGCAACAACACGCAAGUUUAUGCUUAUUGUCAUCGCUAGCUUUCUACAUUCGCCGCAGCAGCAACGGCAAAGGCAACAGCGACAUGCAAACACACACACCUACACACAUUUCUACAAUGCGUUUAUUAAUUCGAAAUUUGUCGGUCGCGCAGUUAAAACCAAUUGAUAUUCACUUAAAAUACUCGCUUAUGCAUAUAUGUAAACAUUUAUUUAAAUUUGUAUUCUUCUCACUUCUGCUUUAAUUUUAAGUUUAAGAUUUGAGUAAAUGCCGCAAAUCAGAGUUUUUCACAAAGACAGAGAUAAAGACAUCGGUUUAAAUGUGGCGCAAAAGUAACCACCACACGGGAUAAAAUAUAAAUAAAAAUUAAAAAAAUAAAUAAAUAAUCAAAUGAAAACAAAAAUCCAACCACAAUUACUUAUGAGUGAAAAUAUCAUCAAUAAGUUACAACAAUAAACCCCCUCCCAAAAACAAAAAAGUGCUUAAGUAUAAGAAACCAGUUCGACCGUGCACAGCAGGCAGUGAGCAGUUAACAGCUACAAAAAAAAAAUAACAACAAAAUUAUAUAUAUUGUAUUGUGGCGCAUACUUGAAUACAUACACACACAUACACGCACACAUUAAACGUCAGCAACUUUUUCUUCAGACUCUCUUUGUCGUUGUUAUCAUCGGCUGUGCGCUGUGCGUUCAAAUCAUCGUCGCCAAAUACGGAAAAGUGUCAAAUAAUGCGUUUCACUUACAAUCAGUACAAUUAUUCCGAAUCCGGUUAUCGGAUUCCGUCCAAGAUGCACAACAACAAUGCUGGUAAUGGUCCAAUGGCGGCUGCAUAUCAACAUCACCACAGGAGUAAUUUUGGCAUGCGCAUGACCAUGGCUACCGCAUCAACGAUGACUGCACGCAUCCAGCGAAAAGGUUUUCGUACGCCCUCAAAACGUUAUCCGGGCAAGGCGAUACCUGGUAAACUGCACUCGGUUUCACGGAUUGGUCCUGGAAAAUUGGUGCCUGGCAAACGUUUACCCCAACGGCCGCAUCCGCCACCCUGCGACAAUUCGAAUGACAGUGGUUUUGGUUUCGAUCAACAUCUAGAAGUUCAGCAACAGCAACAACAACAACAAAUGCAGCACACGGCCUGCGGUAGUGGUGCCAGUAGCAGUAGUAGCAGCAGCAGCAGUAGCAGCAGCGGUAGCAGCAGCGGUAGUCCAGGCAACAGCAGCGGUAGUGAUAUCAUGCACAACAACAACACUGCCACCAACCUUAGCAUUGGCAAUAGCAACAGCAGCAGCGGUAGUAACAGUGGUCAUCACCAUGCUAGUCACCAUCAUCAUCACCAUCACGGACAUGGCCAUCAUCACGGCUCGGCAGCAAUGCAACAUUCGACGCAUCUCAUCCGUGCCAUACCGGCUUCAAGAUUUAUACCCACUGGUCCACGUGCUAUGACUCGAGUGGCUCAUAAGCGCCAGCCAGCAAUACCGCAAAAUACGGCAGUGACUUCAUCAAAUGGGCGUGUGCAAUUGGAAAUAGUCUCGCAACCAGAGCAACAGCACCGUGCACGAUACCAGACUGAAGGUAGCCGUGGCGCUGUAAAAGAUCGCAGUGGCAACGGUUUUCCCAUUGUCCGUCUUACUGGCUACAACAAGUCCACUGUGCUUCAAGUUUUCAUCGGCACAGAUAUUGGACGCGUCGCACCGCACAUGUUCUAUCAGGCGUGCAAGGUGGCAGGCAAAAACUCCACACAGUGCAACGAGAAGAAAGUGGAUGGCACCAUGGUCAUAGAGAUCGACUUCAAACCAGAAUCGGAUAUGACUAUUACUUGCGAUUGCGUUGGCAUACUUAAGGAACGCAACGUUGAUGUGGAACAUCGUUUUCCGGAUCAUUUGGCACAGAAGAAUAAAAAGAAAUCAACGCGCUGCCGCAUGGUGUUUCGCACUCAAUUGACACAUGACGAUGGCACUGUGGAGAUGUUGCAAGUGUGCUCAAAUCCCAUAAUUUGCACACAACCACCAGGCGUACCAGAGAUUUGCAAAAAGUCACUUAACUCCUGCCCAGUAGAUGGUGGCCUCGAACUCUUCAUUAUCGGCAAGAACUUCCUCAAAGACACGCAUGUGCUCUUUCAAGAAACCUUCGAGAGUGGACCACCAAGCGACACGCCCUCGGAGCUAGCCGUACGCCAGCAUUUGGGCGGCGCAUUAUGGGAACAAACAGUGCUACCCGAUAAGGAAUAUUUGCAACAAACUCACCUAAUAUGCGUAGUGCCACCCUAUAUACAUCAGAACAUACUCAAGCCUGUAACUGUGCAGUUGGUAAUUAUUUCCAGUGGCAAAAAGAGUGAGCCACACACAUUUGUUUACACGCCGAAGGGUAGCUAUUCGACCUUAGCAGCUGCCACGACACUAAGCACUGCCUUGCAUGGCAGCUUAUCAGGCGCACAAGAUGCCACCUCAUAUAUGGAUACAUCGAACGCUAUUGCGCCAGCAAUGGGUGGAGCUGCUGGUGGUGCAGCCCUUUGGCCAGCCACGGAGACCAAACAUGAAAUCGAUUCCGGUAUGAUGCCACCACCAAUCACAACACAAAUGCCGAUGGGCGUACGGCGCCCUUCAUUGCCCACAGCCACGCCCAUGCUAACGGAUCAGCAAUUAGCACACCUGAACGUCGCUGAAACACUCAAGACUGAGCUGAUCGACGAAACGUCGCAAAGUUCGUUGGCGGAGGCGAUACAAACGCCAGAUGCCGUUAUGGCCAAUUGCGGCGCUCCCAUCAGUCCCAAUGCAAUGCAAUUUCACUCGCACUAUGACCGCAAGACUAGCAUGGACACAAUGAUGUACGAUUCGAACAGCAUGCCUGCAUUUCCAGUGGCACCGCCGCCCUCCGUAGCUGCCGCCGUUGAGUUGGCCGUGAAGACGGAAAUUGCCAAAGUUGUGGCACAACAGCAACAGGCAGUGGCAGUAGACAAAUUCAUUACCGAUUUGGCUAAAUCCACAGCAGUGGCCAAUGACCCGACCGUGGCGGCCGUUGUUGCCGCAGCAGCAGCAGAGGAGUCGCUUUUCGGUGGCGUCAAUAGCAGCGUGGGCACAGUCAUUGAUCAUCCGUUCGCUGGUAUUAUGCAGCAAGCUAAUGGGCCACAGCAACCGGCAGUGCUCGAACGCAGCUUAUCCAUAUCGAGCAAUUCUUCCUCUCACUCCAACGGCUCAAGCGGCUCUUCGCCACACUCAGGCUUAACAGCCACUCUUUCUGUCUCGCCGAAUAAUUCACUCAAUGGACACAAUUCACCCAUUACGCAGGAUAUUAUCUUAAAUUCGGAACCUGCGGCGGUGUUAAAUGCAAUGCCAAUGCAACAACUGCUACCUGCUCCCAUAGGGGGCAACGGUGCUGUAGCUGUGCCAGCCAAUGCGGUGGUGGAAGCCACUGUUGCCGUGCCAGGCGCGGCCACGGGUGCAACAAUCACCGAUCCCAAUGGCGGCAUCUCCACUGAAAUGAUUAUGAAUCCUGCAGUUUCACCGUCCACGAUUUUGUGUUCAGCUAAUGGUGCUGCCACCGCUGUAGUGCCGAAUAUCAUGGCCCCGCACCAAGUGACCAUGGCCAAUUCGAUUUUGAAUGAUAUUGCCAUGCAGCCGCAACCAACACAGCAAGAUGCCGCGGUAGCAGCACUUGCGCUCAGCAAUAUUAUAAUGAGUCCUACAAAUCCAACUGGUGCGGUUGUGGAUAAUGUGGCCGACGUGGAACAGGCAGCUGACCAGCCAGUUGCUGUGACAGUGGCGACUUCCACUGCUGUUAGUAAUAUGAUCAUCAAAGCUGCAGCCGAUUUAAUAUCUAAUCAGGAACAACAACAGCAGCAUCAACAACAACAACAGCAGCAGCAGCAGCAUCAUCAUCAUCAGCAACAGCAACACCAUCAUCAGCAACAGCAACAGCAACCGCCACCACAAGCAUUAAUAAAUCCGUCAGCGGCAGCAGCAGCGGCGGUGGCCUCGACUGGCAAUACAAGCCCCUUGGUGAACUUGCUUCUAAAUCACCCCGACGUGCCGCCAUCUGCAGCUGUAGCAGCAGCAGCAGUAGCAGUCAGCGACGUGCAAUCGCAAUUCUCAUUGGGCAUCCCUCCCACUUCCCCACAGGAAUCUCUCAUAGUUGCCUUGGCCACCGAAAAUUCAUUGCAAAAAUCAGUCGCCGCAGCUGCAGUGACCACAAAUGGCGCUGUUGUUACUCAACAAACUUCAGCGGCCGCGCCCGGCAUUCACGCUGGUGCGGCGGUUGGGCCUGUGCCCCUACAACCGCCGAUUCCGCAAGAGCUGACCACAAUGUCGGACCAAGACUUGAUUAGCUACAUCAAUCCCAGCACAUUUGAUCAAAUCUAAAAACGUAUCUGGCGGCGCUUACGGAAGGAAGAACAACGAGCGCGGUACAAUUUUUGUGUACCGUUGACAGCAUUCAGAGGCAUUGAUUUGAGGCAAUGAAUGUUUCACGGCUACAGCGCAGAGGUCGUUCGCCCGCUUGCCACUAAUGCGAAUUGAAGAAAAAUCAAAUAGUGCCGCAUUCAAUACGGCAAGUGGAGAGAGCCAGCCAUGGCAACUGCAAAACACUAAAACUAAAAAUAAUAACAAUUACCUAUUGAUUAACAAAUAUGAAAAUAUGAAUAACACACAUCAAACAUUCUAACAUGCAAAUAUUUUAAACACACACAUAUAUACAUGCAUAUUUUCGGUCGGUGUGUCUAUGUAAACUUGCCUAUAGGCAGUGAAAACUUUGGUGUAAACUAUGUGUAAUGGUUGAAUGCCCCUUAAAAAACGAACUUGCAUUAACUUGUAAUUUUAAGUUUGCUUAAUUUCAUUGUGGCAAUGUGGACUCAAGACAGCAAACAUACAUACAUACAAAAAAUACGAACCAUCGCAUUUUUCACAUACAUACCACAAAUAUAUGCAUGUCGCGCAUAGUGACGUCAUUAUUCAGCAGUUUUUACUCCCAAAUGUACAAAUUAACAGAUAUGGAAUUGUCUUGUAUUGGUAACUAAAAUGCAUUACAACUGAUUUGUUCCCCAAGGCGCGGACAAGUCACAAGAACAAAAGUCAAAUUAUCUCAGAAUGAAUGAAAACAAAACAAAUUACUUAUUACUGCCAUAAGUCAAGUAAAGAAUUGAACUUCACUUAUUUCUAUUGAUAAACUUGUAUGUAAGAAUUGAGAAGUGAAUUGCACACCCCCCCUGGCCCUUGUUUAUGUGUGCAUACACAUGAGGAGGGGGGAACACAUCUAUACAUACAUACAACUAUAUAAAUGUAUAUGUAUAUUUUUUUUAAAUGUUGAAAACGUAGUAUGUAAAACAUAUUUUUGUAAUUUGUAACUUAUACAUGCAUACAUACAUACAUACAAUAUAUUAUAAUGCAUAUAUACAUGUACAUAUACAAAAUUACCAGUUGUAAUAUUUAUGAAAAAAUGAAAAAAUGAAAAAACUAAAAUUACUAUGUAUAUGCAAGUGCAGCAAAAUGUAAGGCGAACGAAUUUGCAACAACGGGUCUAUAAGAUAAUAAGUGAGAAGCCGUUAAAUUUCAAUAAAUUGUUAGUUAAGAAAAGUGUUAUUAGGUGUGCUGAAAAUUUGUGUUUGAUUUAAAGCGAGCUGCAGGCCGUUAACUACAUAAGAGAUACAUGAAUAUAUUUAAUUUUGACUGGGCUCGAAAAAUAAAUUGAAAAUGUGUGCUUGUUGUACAUAAAACUUGUUCAUAAAAUAAACUAUAUUAUACACGUAUUUAUAUGAUUUCCUUCGUUAGUGUGCACUUUUAGGAUAUUUAACGAAUUGAAUGUAUACAGUGACCUGUGCUUUAUGUGCACUUAACAAUUGAAUUGAAAACAAAAGCGAUUAAAGCAAAACUAUUUGGUGCAAAAUUUUUAUUGGUAAACUAUUUAUAAUACAUAUAUAUAAUAUAUAUACAAACAAACAAAGCUGAGAGAAUAUUGUGAAAGACUUUUUGAUAGUUCAUUAUUAUCAUAAAUAUAUAUAUAUCUUUUUUUUUAUUAAAAUUGUAUUUUGCGUUAUACUGAUAGGUUAGCCAUACAUGUAAGAUGAAAUAAAUAUAAUACUUUAUUUGUAAUUCAAGUUAGAGUUGCAUCAUAGUUUUGUGGUGAGCCAGAUAUGUUUGGUAAGAAAUCAUUUAAUGUGUCCUUUGGAGUUAUUACACACUGACACAUGCGUCUUCUUCAAAAUCUUGUUUCUUAUUUCUAAAUCAAACUGAUUUUAAUGCUUGCAAAUGUCUCAUAUUUUCCUUUUUUUCUACUGAUACUUGCAAAUUUUGAAUCCAUAUACAGUUUGUGUUAGCUUAUUUUAUGCAAGCGAACUAUCAUUACAUGGAGGUGCUGCAGCUUAAUGAUUAAAUUAUGCAUCGAAAAAAUAAAAACGCAGUUUUAAAGAGCGCUAAUUAUGACCCCAAUAUUCACACGUAAAUGAAUAUACAAUUUUUUUUUUUAUAAAUAAAAUAGCAAAAUG